AUGACUUUAAAGGUUGGAAUCAUUGGUGCAGGCAUCGGUGGCCUCAGUGCCGCUAUUGCACUUCGAAGAACGGGAGCCCAAGUCGAGAUAUUCGAGAGAUCCAACUUCAAGGACGAAAUAGGUGCUGCUAUAACCAUCACUCCAAAUGGAAUGCGCGUACUUCGUCAUUUCGGCUUUGAUCCCAAAACAGCUCGCGGUGUACAGAAUAAGCAAAUGCGCAUGGUAGAUCCGCAUACACUAAAAGAUGCGAUUGUCGAAAACUUCAGCCAUGUUGAAGACGACUAUGGUGCACCCUUCAUGUUCUUUCAUCGUGUGGACCUCCAUACUGCGCUGAAGGAAAUGGCCUUGUCCACUGAUGAGCUAUAUCCGGGUUCGCCGGUUAUAAUCCGUAAUGGUCAUUCUGUCACCAGUCUUGAUUGUAAGAGUGGAACAAUUGUUUUGGACAACGAAGAGGCUUUUGAGAAAGACCUUGUUGUAGUGGCUGACGGAGUUCGAACCAGGCUCAUUAACGAGAUUUCACAAAAAGACGUACCCCUCGAAGACAUCGGCUCCUCUUUCUACCGCUGUCUUAUUCCCUUCUCUGAAGUAAACAAAUACCCAGACCUCGCAGCUAUUUUUAAAGACCAAGAUCCAGGAUUCUGGGUGCCCUUUGAUUUAGCAACUGGAACAUUCCUUGUUACAUAUCCCUGCCGAGAUGGGGAAAUGCUCAACGUUGCGUUUCGACACAAGACAAAAUCGGACAACGAGCAUGCCCUCGACUGGAACACUGGUACUAACGUGCAAGAGAUUAUCUCAAUGGUAGGCACGUAUAAUCCGCUGGUGGCCAAGUUGUUUGGUUUGUCGACAAGUGUUUCUGUUCAUAAAUUAUUUCGUAGGGAGCCUCUUGAGACGUACACUCGGGAGAGAGCUGUCAUAAUUGGUGACGCUGCACAUCCCAUCCAGCCAACGCACGCCCAAGGUGCAGUCCUUGCGAUCGAGGAAGCAGAAGCACUAGAAGUUCUUUUCAAAGACAUGCAAAACCCAGAACAGGUUCCGGAGCGUCUAGAUUUAUACAAUGGCAUUUUAAAACGCCGCAUUCAAGUCACGCAGCUACUGUCAGAUGCUCAGCCUGGGAUAUCUAGUGUACUACGGAAGCAAGCUGAGGAUAUUUGGGGAGAGGGGAUCUUUCCCCCAGAGGCAAUGAACUACACAAAACCGAUCAGAGACUUUUUCUACGCAUGGGAUGUCAUGGAAGAGGCAGAGAAUAACUUGGCUCGUGCAGCGUGCUAA